AUGUUCCAAAAAGUUGUCGUGCUGGCUUCCGCUGGGGCGGAAUGGAGUGGCACCGCCGUGCCCGCCGUCGGCCACGCCUCUGGCACCUUUAGCCGGGAGGCGGCGUGCGGGUGCGAGCUCAUCGCCGCCUCGCGGCUAGAGGAGUCUCCAUUGCUAGCCGAGGCCACAGCUCGGUCUCCGGCAGGUUGCGCGCCACUUUGCUUGCGCGACGUGGCGUGCGCUGGCUUUGAUUGGGCGCCCAGCGUGGCGUGGGGCGGCGGCGUCUGCCGCCUCCGCCGCCGUCCGCCUGUCGCUCAUUUUGUGCCAUUGCCCGCGGCCGUGGCCGGCGGUCGUGAGGAGACAGCGGGAGUGGUGCGGCUCAAGCGGCGCUUGUUGCUGGUGCACAAUCAUCCGCCGCACCUCGGCUUUGGCAGCGACCGGCGGCUGCUCGCCCUCGCCCAGGCCCUCGUGGAUUCGCGCUUCCACCUCCUUUUUGUGGGCGCCGACGCGGCGGGCAAAGCAGGUCGCUCGCAGGGCAGAGCACAGCUGCUGUCCAUCGGGGUGGAGCUAGUGUCGGCCAUCAGCGAGGUGGAGCUGACGCAGCUCGCGACGAAGCACGAUGUGAGUGUUGUCAUCCUUACCCUCUGGUUCUGGGGGGCGAGUGCGUCGAUGCCGGCACGCUAUCUCCGGAUGUUGCGCACCUCUCUGCCACACCUCAAGAUUGUGGUGAUGACCGACGACGUACACCACUUGCGGCAGCGAGGUCUCGAGGCUCGCGCGGCGUCGACGCGUGGCGUGGCCCUCCGGACGGGAGCAGAGGCGGAGGAGAUGAAGGAGGAGGAGCUCAGCCACUACUACCACGCUGACCACGUGCUUACCAUCUCGGAUGUCGAUCGCGGCUCUAUCCUGCAAUCCCUCCGGCCCGGGCGACGCAUACACCCGCGCCGCUUCUCCACUCUGCGGCACGUCUUUGGUGAAGCGCCGCAUUUCCCGCUCGCCAGCGCGCCGCCGUUCCGCGACCGGCGAAACGCCCUCUUCGUCGGCAACAUGAACAAUCCGACGAACGUCGACGGGCUUACGUGGUUUGCCGACGCCGUGAUGCCGUUGCUUCUGCAGCGACAACCCUCGUUUCGGCUGCGCGUCGUUGGCUCGUGGGCGGGGGGUGGGGAGGGGGUGGGGGCGUUGCGGCGCCGGCUCGAGUCGCUCGCGGCUGUCGAUCUGCUCGGCUACAUCGACGACGUCGGUUCGGAGCUGCGGAGUGCGCGGCUACUCGUUGUCCCCAUCCGCUGGGCGACGGGGAUCCUGACCAAGCAGACUCUCGCUCACGUCCAUGGGCUGCCCACCGCGAUCACGCCAGCGGCCGCCGCGCACGCGGCUCCGGAGCCGAUCGACCCUGCUGGUUUUGCGCGAGUCUGGAGCCACCGGCAAGGGGGCUACGAUACGGCGCGCGUAGCGGCCGUCGGCGACACUGCCGCCGCUUUUGCCGCCGCUGUCCUCCACUUGCACGGCAAUGCGUCCGCGUGGGUCGAGAUCAGCGCGGCGGCGGCGCGCUUCGCCAAGUCGGGGGGCGGGGGGCAAGGAGUGUGCCCCGAGGCGCUGCGGCGGGACGUGGAGGCAUUCUGGGCUGUGAUGGAGGAGACCGCCUGCUUUGUACGUUAG